GAGAGGGCGAGAGAGAGAGAGAGGACGAGAGAGCGAGGCUAUUCACCUCCAACUGGCACCAGCACAAUGCAUUAUCUAAGCAGGUUGUACGGCGCAUUUUAAACAGAUAGCGGCACAGACUGUUCAGUCUACAACCACGGAGAAACAAACACCACAACCGGACCGGCUGAGUAACGGAGGGGAAAGGUAGCCUUUUAGUAGCCUACCGCUACGCAUGUUGACGCUAUACUCUGUUAAGUCCCCUGUUCUCUCUCGCUCUGUCCGUCUUUAUCAAGGGCUGUGAAGGACGAACGGGAAAGUAAAAAAGUAUUCGCCGAGAUAGUGAAGCCAGUUCAGUCACAUGACCUACAGAAUUUACAAGCUGUCAGUAGACUAUAUGCACGCACAUUGCAUUCUGAACACCGGCUCACCGAAUGGAAAAGAAAAGCUGUCCGGCCGGCUUCGGAGCCACUUGAAAAUAAUUGGGGAAUAACGGAAGGUCUAAAUACUGGAAAACAAAAACAAAUGGCAGAAUAGAUUAACACGAAUUUACACGAACAGGGCUUCAUUCGUGUGUGAACUAUUUUGCCAUUAGGCAAGACAAACCUGCAUAUUUGAACGGACGUGAGUGACCUUGUUUCAAGGGCUAGAGUUACUGCAACAUCCCGUUUCUCUCUACAUUCUCCGGGGGAUUUAUUUGGCACCAAUGGCGACUUUGAUAAAUGAAACUGGGACGAGAAUUCUGGACUAAAGGACCAUGAAUAAUAAAUAAUCGCUCAACCGUGCGAGGAACCUCAGAAAGCCCCGCCUACCCCAGCACGGCCCACAUGACCUAGUUUCGGAGGGAUGACAUCUCGAGUACCGGUACCUGUCUUUUGGCUUUGACAGACAACAAUUGACGUAGGAUGUAUUGAACCUUGAUGGACAUGAAGUGAGAAAUUGUUGUUUUUGUCCAGGGCCUUUCACUCUUUUGCCAGUGAAUUACGGAAACAUUAUUAUAAAGGCUGCGUAAAUGUGUUUUAAGCAAUGAUAGCCUAUAUCAAGGACUGCAACUAGAUAAUCUAUUCCGUAUUUUAUGUAAAAUACCAAUUGGAACGGCUGCAAGACAAAUUAAAUAUUAACCUUGAUUGCUGGAUGUGUCUAACCUUGUGGACUUAACUGGGGGUCAAGGAGCAAUUGUGAGGAAACAUAAUAAUCAGGAGUGUUUCCCUCUGAAGCACUGGAUUAAAUUCAUUUCCUGUAUAGGCUACCCCCCUGUCAUUUCCUGUAUAACCCCUGUCAUUUCUUUAUUACCCAUCGGGAGAAUAAUUCUACUGACUCAGGGAAUUUCAUGCUCAUGAAAGCCAUUUUCAUUAAUGGUGCUUUAAGGAUGACACUUUAUGAAACCUCCCUUUGGUUUUAAAACUGUUAUUGAGAUCAAAGGUUUGCAGGAGAAGGGCAUUUUUGACAAUGAAAAAAGGGAGAAAGGAAUCGACAGCGAAUCAUAGGAGCUGGUGUCAUAAUCCCCUAUCUGUCAAUAAUCAAGAGGGCCAUGCUGUGAUUGACAGCUAGAUCAAUAAAAACGUAUCAGCCAAGCAAUAAAAGCCAGCCAAGAGGAUCUGAGGGCAUUUGUUAUGGCAAUGACUACAAAAGAACAAGUGCUUUUAAGGACAGAGAAAGUAGAGCGUUUCCAACCCCUCAAUAGAGAUUUAUUGGAGCCAACCAAUCAUCAAACAGUCCAUCAUUCUCCUCAUUCAAUCAUGUUCUUCAAUUGCGGCCAAUCGCUGCCACCCCUGCUGCGGCACACGGAUGUCCCGGUCCGCAUCACGGAGAGCUUCAUCCUGUCCGGUUACCGCUUCCCCAACUACAGCCUCAUCCAAUGCCUGCUCUCGGCCUUCCGGCCCACCAAUGAGACCGGCAACUUCUGGACCCACUUCCUGCCAGUCUUCAUCUUCGCCUUCUACUUCCUGGAACCGUUCGGUUUGGAGGGCGCUCCGCCCACCGGCGACCCCUUCUUCUACCCGCUGUGGAACUACUUCACGGGAGUGUUGUGUCUGCUCAUGGCUAGCAGCAUGGCUCACCUCCUCAACUCCAUGUCUGUGGUCAUAAGGGAGGUGUGCUUUUUCGUGGAUUAUGGAACUAUCAGUGCUUACACCGUUGGGUCUUCAUUGGCCUACUACUACUACAUUCACCCCAGGGCGGGGAUCCUGGAAUUGGGGGAUGGGAGACACAACAACACCCAACAGGAUCCUUCUUCACCGCCAUCAUCAUCAUCAUCAUCCUUGGCCAUGCCAGAGUUCAGCGUGUUUUUCGAGACCUUAUACAUCCCCAGCUCCUGCCUGGUGGCCAUCAUCUGUGUCCUGGCCUGCUGCAACACCCGCCAGCGCUGGAGAACCUACCGCUACGUCAUACGCACCCUGGUCUUCCUCCUGCCCUUCCUCGUGGCCUCCACCCCCAUCUUCUACCGCCUCCUCCACUCCUCCCCCUACCUCCCAACCUCCUCCUCCUUCUCCUCCUCCGCCUCCAUGGCCCAGUUCUUCUGCCGACACUGCUUCUGGCUGGUGGUGUCAGCCCUGUUCAACAUCAGCAAGAUCCCUGAGCGACUGUCACCGGGUAGUUUUGAUAUCUGGGGGCAUAGUCACCAGUGGUUUCACGUCUGCACCUUCCUGUCCAUUCUCGAUGAACUUCAUAUGAUCAAUGGGGAGGUGAGGGCUAUACUCCUUCACCCAGCCCUGGUGGUCCCCCCAGCCAUCCCUCCACACCUCCCCGGACCCACCUUAGCCUCCACCUACGGGGUGAUGCUGGUCCUCCAGGCCUCAAUCGCCUCCAUCAUCGCCUGGUUCUCCUGGUGCGCCAACAGCAUCUACAAACCCCAGGGAGACCAGUUGGAGAAAGAGUUCCUCGCUAAAAGGCAUCUAAAGUGUCACUGAUGUUGGAUCUGAUUUAUGGAGAGCUCUGACUUUAUUCCAAAACGUAGGCCAGUCAUUUAGUACAUUAAUUGACUGAAUUGAUUUGAUCACUUGAACAUGCAGCAGCAGCACAUAUAACUUAUGGAGGUUAGGGAGGUUACCACUCACAUAAUAUAAAAAAACAGCAGCAUAUGUUUUCAUGUAUUGUUUUUAUUUUUAGUGACUCAGUAACAUUCACGUUCUGUAGCCUACUUUCCUUUUACCUUCACCCAUUGCUUUCACCCUUUCCCCUUUCCUUGGACUAUAUGGGUAACUUUAGCUUUGAAAGGGUAAGUGUGGGGUCAGCCAAGAUUCAAGGGUGUUUGUUUUCCAUGUUCACUAUGGGGGUGCUAUUUGGUCCCCUGGAUUAGGGUCAGUGUUUUGUGGGGUUGGAACAACUUGCCGGUUCAGUCAAGGACUCACAUUCUGUUCUAGAACGAGGUGAUAAUUCUAUUCCUUAAGUGGGUUUUAAGGUAGAGGACAUUGGAAAGGUGUUGUUACCCAAGGAGACCUAAGACCCACAUAAGAUCAACAUGUUAACAAUGCUCUUAAAAUGUCACAGUGAGAUUUUAGAAACGUUUGCUGCCAUGCUGUCUUUGAAUGCUCACUCGGUUUGUCUCCUUCAGCCUUCCUCCACUUCCCCUAUCUCUCUGACUGAAAAUACCUCUCUCUCUCUCUCUCUCUUUAUCUCUCUCACUCACUCACUCUCUCGAUUUAUCUCACUCUCAAAUUCUCUCUCUAUAUAAAUUAUAUCUCUCUCACACCCUCGUGAUUUCAUUUUCCUUCAUGUUAUACUUAAUCUCUCUCUUCAUAUCUUUCUUGAUACCUUCUCAAAAUACUCUCUCUCUCUCUGUCCUGCCACACUCAGUUUAAUGUCAUGCCACACACAGUUUAAGCCAUCUCAACAGGAAGUGGGGUAGCCUUGCCGACAACAGAAAUAGACCAAGACCUCACUCAGUCUUACGUGAUUGCACUCUCAGGGGCGGAAACCAGAGGGUGAAGCCCAACUUCAUGUGCACUUUCAGAAGCCACGGCAGUGUUUUUUUUUUUUUUUAACAUCUUCAAAAUACUUUUAUGUACAGCAUAUUUCUAACAGGUUUCUGAUGAUGUAUUGUUGAUUUAAUGUACUAGACCACAGAUUCGAUUGCUAUCAAUAUCAAUGGUCAACUUCAUACUAUAGCUGCAUGUACUGUACACUGAUUGCACUGAAAAACGUUCUACACUUUAUUCAUGGUAAAGAAACAACGGCCUGAAACAGUCAGUGAUGGAACUUUAUUUUACCUGAGGGUAUAUCUAUACAUCUGAAGCCGUAGUGAGGAUAGAUGCAUUGUGUAAACCACAGGAGGCUGGGGGCACCUUAAUUGGGGAGGAAGGGCUCGUGGUAAUGACUGGAGCGGAAUCAGUGGAAUGGUAUCAAAUACAUCCACCACAUGGUUUCCAUUCACUCCGUUCUGGCCAUUUACUAUGAGCCGUUCUCCCCUCAGCAACCUCCUGUGGUAUAAACUCUUAUCAGCAGAUCGUUGAGGAUUUGUUCCCUUGCUCAGACAUGCCAGAUCUUACAACGCCUUGAUAGGUAUUUUACAUGUCAUAUGUUAUAGCAAUCUGGGGCCUGAGGGCACAAUCAAUGACGUGGCACGCAACCAUUGGUUGAUGAAUGCAAUGUCUGUGCAGGGGAGCACGACCUGAAUGUUGACAAUGUGGACGAUUGGAUGAGGCCACCAGGAAGAAACACUCUGGUUAGAUUUGCACUCAAUCACUCAGGUUACUUUGAGGAAGUUGUUGACCAACGAGAUCCCUGAAGGCUGAUUGUUUAUUUGUCUCUCAACCAAUCAUGCAAAUAUUUGCAUGAAUUAGCCUCCUCUUGUAUAGAUCAUUAGCAGUAGCACUUUUAAAUACUCCCACUGAAUGUUCAUUCCCUGGGAAUGUAAGAGAGACCACAAGCCAUGCUUCUAACUUAGCUAGACAUACAGUAGAUUAGCUAGGAUAAACAAUGAUGUUAUAAUUGUUAUGCUCUGGACAUUUUCAUGUCUCCUCCCCCAUAUCUCUGCUCUCCUAUCUCUUCCUUGUUAUGGAUUCUACUGCUAUCUGUCUCUUCCUGGUUAUGGAUUCUACUGCUAUGUCUCUUCCUGGUUAUGGAUUCUACUGCUAUGUCUCUUCCUGGUUAUGGAUUCUACUGCUAUCUGUCUCUUCCUGGUUAUGGAUUCUACUGCUAUCUGUCUCUUCCUGGUAAUGGAUUCUACAGCUAUCUGUCUCUUCCUGGUUAUGGAUUCUACAGCUAUCUGUCUCUUCCUGGUUAUGGAUUCUACUGCUAUUGGUCUCUUCCUGGUUAUGGAUUCUACAGCUAUCUGUCUCUUCCUGGUUAUGGAUUCUACUGCUAUCGAUCUCUUCCUGGUUAUGGAUUCUACAGCUAUCUGUCUCUUCCUGGUUAUGGAUUCUACUGCUAUCUGUCUCUUCCUGGCUAUGGAUUCUACUGCUAUCUGUGUUUAGUUCUGUCUUCGUUUGAAGAAUUAUGCCGUCCGUUAUGGAGAAAAGAUAGAGAAAGCAUGUCGUGUUUAAAAUGUAAGAGUCUGAUCUGAUUCAUGUCUUUAUAUCAGGGCAAGCCGUAAAUAUACAUAACAGAGUUCUGCAAACUAUCCUCCAUUUUAGCUCCAAAUGUCCAAUGUCGAUAACUGUUUUGGAACCAACAGCCCAUUGAAAUGCACAGUUUCCCAAACUCUAUGGAUAACUCUAUUUAUGGGUAAAUCUUUGGCUCUGAGAGUAAUGGUUUUGCCCUCUCCCACGCUCUGAGUUUCUUUGCACAGUGACAGUGGACCAGACCAGUCCCGUCUUAGAGAUGAAAUACAGUAAUUCAAAAAUAAUUUGGAAAAAUUGUCCAAGUCAACGUGGAUAUAAUGUCAUUUGUCACUUCCUUGUUGUUAAUGCUGUCAUUGUCCAAUCUGUGCUUCGCUAGAGAGUCCGAGAUUUGGAUUUAAUCCAAAAUUGUGUGUUGUAUGUUGCACCUAGCCUGUGUGGUUGCCAGAUGUGUUUCUGAUUUAGCCCACUCCUUUGUCAACUGCUUUGUUGACUCAAACAGACACAAAUCUGGCAUCCAGGCUUUAAUGCACCCAUAUUAUAUUAUGCCACUAAGUUAGUCAGUAUUUGGAUAAUAUGUGUGCAAUGCUUGAUAGAGUGUGUGAUGUUAAUAGAGAGGUCUACUUUCUGGGUGACCUGAAUAUUGACUGGUUAACAUCUAGCUGUCCUCUCUCAACUGUGACUAAUGCCUGUCAUACCAAUAUUGCUGGAUCUCUCUGUCGCUCUCUCUCUCUCUGUCGCUCUCUCUCUCUCUCUCUCUCUCUCUCUCUCUCUCUCUCUCUC